CAGCGUAUUAGCUUGGAUGGCCUAGUAGGCAACCGCUACUCCUAUUGUUGUAGAGGGAGGGGUAAAGGGUUUAGGGUUUAUGAUUCUGACAUAUGUUGUUGAUGUUCUUGAAUCUGGUGAUGGGGAUGAUUUGGAGCUUUUUCAAGGUGAGAAUUUGGACACUGAUGAUACUGAGCAUUCAACCUCCUUUGGGGACACACUAUCAGGUCAGGCAAUGAGCUUUGUUCAAGCUCAAGUGAUAUGGAAGUGGAUUCAGGAAUGCGUGCCAUGGAGCAGCAAACUCUUUCCAAUGGAUUCCAAAGGCUUUUCAGGGCUCUCCCCCAUCAUGGAGGAUACCAAUAUUACAGUUGAUGGAAGCACCAUUCUUAUUGCAUUGAAAAGAGUUGAAGAGCUAAAUCUGAAUUGCAAACAUAUCUAUAUCAACAACUCAGAUCUGUGGAGAUUCCUUUAUGGUUUAGAGGAAGUUAACAACUGGAGGGCUGCCAAUUCUCUGGCAAAUAUCAAACACCAGAUGAGAAGAUUCAAUGAACCACCCAUUCACCUCAUCCCUGCCCAAUGGAACAAGAUUGCAGCAACCAUGGCUAGUAAAGGUGUAAAUGCUUUUCAAUUGUCACUCUUCCACAAAGGCAUGGACCUUCCUAGAUGGCUAAUGAGACUUCUGGAGCGUUCCUUCUUUAAUUUCUAGUGUCUAGUGUGUCUUUGUUGUGAGUGUUAGUCCUUUUUUUUCUUCUCAGUUGGUGUUUAGCUGCUUCUUUCUUUGUUUAGUUUGCUAUUU